AUGCUCAAUCUUACCAGGCAAUCAGCGAGAGGAAGUAUCAUCGGGGUGGGAUCUACUAGGACUAAUGUUGAUCACGUGGUUCAACUUAAGAUUGGCUCCCGCUGGAAUCCAAGUUUCGAAAUCAAUAUACAAGCAUAUGUUAUGAGUAAGCAGUUGACCACGAAGAUCCCCUCCAAAGCUGUAACUGUCACACAUUGGACACAUCUAGAAGGACUCAACCUGGCAGAUCCAGACUACUUCCAACCAGGUUCUAUUAACUUACUUCUUGGUGUUAAAGAGUAUGCACAGAUUGUGCAACCAACACUUAUUAAGGGCCCUCCAGGUUCUCCAUGUGCCCAAGAAACCAACCUGGGGUGGAUCCUCUUCGGAGAAAUCGAUACUAACCGUGAAAAUGAAUCAUUUCUGGUCCUUCAUCAUCAAGUACAUAUAAAUCAUAUGUUGAAAUCCCUCUGGGAAAUUGACAAUGAUAAAAGGAGAAUAUUAACAAAGGAAGAAAAGCUAUGUGAAACAAUAUAUGAAAGCACACAUACGAGAAAUAGUGAAGGAAGAUAUCUAGUAAGGCUGCCAUUUAAUACAAAGAAUCCAAUUUCUAUUGAUGGAAAUACGAAAGAAAUAGCUAGAAAGAGGUUACUUCAGCUAGAAAGAAGAUUUAAGAAAGAAACUAAACUGAAAGAAGAUUAUACAAAGGUCAUGCAAGAAUACAUAAAAGCUAACUACAUGGAAGAAAUACCUAAAAAUGAAAUAAAUGAGAGAAAAUCAGUAUACUUACCUCAUCACGCCGUGGUACACGCAGACAGAGAAACUUCUAAGACACGCGUAGUAUUUGAUGCUUCAGCGAAGGGCUCCAACUGCGUUUCUCUAAACGAUGAAUUGCUUGUAGGUCCGCAACUGCAAGAGGACUUAAGGAACAUACUUAUGAGAUCGAGAUUACAUCGUGUUUGCUAUGCAAGUGAUAUACAAAAGAUGUAG